AAUUAACUGAUAAUCUGCAGGUUGUGUUUAUUAAUUAGAAAUGAGUUGGCUAAAAGGACAGGUAUUUGCAAUUUGUCUGACGAUACUAUUCAUUAAUAGUAUUUUAGCGGGAGAUUGCCCUGAUAAUCCAAAUGUCCUAGCACCGUGUGAGUGUAAAAACUUUAACGAAACGCACAAGAUGAUUUACUGUCCCGAAUAUGUCGAACUUGAUGUGGUGGGCGUAUUCAAAAAUCUUAGCCAGGCACUUGCUGGGAAGAAUAAACAGUUUUAUCAUCUGAGAUUUUUCAACAAGCUCACUGAGAAGUUGCCGGCUAACGCGUUCGCCGAUAUUGAGUUUCAGGACAUUUGGAUCUCUGAUACACGAAUUGAAAGGAUUCACGAAAAUGCAUUCAGCGGCACGAAAAACACGUUAACGAAGUUGAUUAUCGAUAGGAUACCGAUUGUCGAUGCGAACGGUACGGGUGAUAAUGAUCUGUUCAAAGCUAUAAGACAGUUACCCAGAUUGACCGACUUGGAAGUCACUCGCACCCUCCUAACAGAGAUACCCGACGGUGCACUACAAUCACACCCUUCACUCAUCCGGAUAACCCUAUCCAACAACUUUGAUAUGAAGAGAAUAGGGAAACACGCCUUCAGUGACAUUAAAACCCUAUUUUACGUAACACUCGAAGAAACGGACAUUUCCUUCAUAUCCGACGAAGCCUUUAGUCAAGAGUCGGCUGAACUCGAGUUUAUCAUCCGGUUUAUGGGCGACGACGAGGCGGCUUACCUUCCGGCGGCUUUCCAGUCAAUCAAACGCCCGGUGAACCUACACCUUACCCAACUGUUCCCGGGAAAAGGCGGUUCAAAUAUUCCCCUUGAGUUUCAUUAUAUACCGGAGUCCACGUAUCGCCCGUUUCUGGAUCAGCACCCAAUGCACCGGAUUUUUUCAAUGUUAGAUUCCGAUGAUUGCGAUGAUAAGCGUAAUGAUUGGCUUAGAAAAAGGUCCCCGAACCAAUGGUAUAUGAUCAGGGUAUACAUCGGGUGUCGGGAUGAGAAUAGGGGAGAGACGGCUGUCAAAGAGAUUCAAUCAAUGAAUCCAAAGGCAGACAUAAAACUACUAAAACUUGAUUUGUCUUCACUUCAAUCGGUCCGCCAUUUCGCCAAAGAGUUGUCUCAAUUGGAGUCCAAAGUGGAUAUCCUUAUCAAUAACGCCGGGGUUAGGGUUACGGACUGUCCUGACCUACUGACUAAGGACGGGUUUGAAAUGCAGUUUGGGACCAAUCACAUGGGUCACUUUCUGUUGACAUUACAUUUGGUGCCAUUGCUGAGGAAGUCAUCGGCGGCUCGUAUUGUAAGCGUGUCUGCGUCCGCCUACAAGUGCGGGGAAAUACAUCUAAAUAACAUAAACCUCCAAAACGGUGAUUAUCACCCGUGGGUGGCCUACACACAGAGCAAACUGGCCAAUGUCCUGUUUAGCCGAGAGUUGGCUAACCGCCUGAGACAUGUUCACAUAAAUACAUAUGCAUUAAAUCCCGGUGUGAUUGACACCGAUUCGGAAAGACAUGUCGAGAAAGUGGAUGAGACAAAGGGAAAGGGAUUUAUGAAAAGACAUCUAAUGAUGACACCUUUCAUAGGAUCUCAGACUACGUUGUAUUGCGCUCUGGAUGAGGGUCUGGACGACGAAUAG